AUGUUACGAAGUUUAAUACUGCUGAGCCUAUUUGGCAUCAGUAUAUUUAAAGUAGUCAUCGCUUCUGAUGGAUGGUGGAAAAAUUCAUUUAUUUAUCAAAUUUAUCCUUCAAGCUUCAUGGAUAGUGACGGUGAUGGAGUUGGUGAUUUAUCUGGCAUCACAAAUAAAUUAGAACAUUUACAAGAUAUUGGUGUAAAAAUCGCCUGGUUAUCACCAAUAUAUCCAAGUCCAAUGAAUGACAAUGGCUAUGAUAUAUCAAAUUUUACUGAUAUAAAUCCACUCUAUGGUUCUCUUCAAGAUUUUCAACAACUCAUAAAAAAAGCAAAGAAACUUGAUAUUAAAAUUUUACUUGACUUUGUACCAAAUCACACGUCCGACGAACAUCCUUGGUUCAUUAAAAGUGUUGAAAAAAUUGAACCAUAUGAUAAAUAUUACAUUUGGAUGGAUCCAAAAAUAAUCAAUGGAACAAGACAUCCACCAAACAAUUGGUUAAGUGCUUUUCAUGGAUCAGCUUGGCAAUGGAAUGAUAAAAGACAACAAUAUUAUUAUCAUGCAUAUGCAAAAUCACAACCAGAUUUAAAUUAUUAUUCUCAUGAUGUUCAAUAUGAAAUGGAAAAUGUAUUAAAAUUUUGGCUUGAUUAUGGAAUUGAUGGUUUUAGAAUUGAUACAAUUCCAAGUCUCAUUGAAGAUCCAAAAUUUCGUGAUGAGCCAAAAAAUCCAUAUGAAAUUAAUAUACCAGAACAUGAGUCAAAUUCAUUGUCACAUAUUUAUACAUAUAAUUCAAAUACAAGCUAUCCAAUACUUGAAAAAUGGCGUAAAUUAAUUGAUAAUUAUAAUAAUAAUAAAACAGAAAUAAUAUUUCUUACUGAAGCUUAUUUUUCAUUUGAAAAAAUUGAUGGAUUAGUUAAAUAUUAUAGUCAUGGUUCACAUGUUCCAAUGAAUUUUUAUUCAAUAAGUUUUAUUAAAAAUUCAUCAACAGCAAAUGAUUAUAAAAAAUUAUUUGAUAAAUAUUUAACAUCAUUAUCAGCUGGUUAUUCGGCUAAUUGGGUUAUAAGUAAUCAUGAUAAUCCAAGAAGCGCAUCAAGAUUUGGAAAAAAUAGAGCUGAUCAAUGGUUGAUACUUGCAACUGUAUUGCCUGGUAUUGUUAUUAUUUAUCAAGGUGAUGAAAUUGGAAUGGAAGAUCGUCCAAUGACAUGGGAAGAAACUAAAGAUCCAGCUGGUUGUAAUGCUGGUCCUGAACGUUUUAAUUUAACAUCAAGAGAUCCAGGACGUACUCCAUAUCAAUGGGACAAUACAACAAGCAGUGGAUUUUCAACAAACACAACAACUUGGCUUCCUGUUCAUUCGAAUUAUCAUAAUUUAAAUCUUGCUUAUCAAAAAUUAACACCAGUAUCAUAUUAUCAUGUUUUUAAAAAAUUAGUUGAACUUAAAAAACAUUCAAUUAUCAAGGAUGGAUCAACUGAUAUUUUUGUCCUUGAAAAUAAUGUACUUGGUGUUGUUAGAAGUUUUGUUAAAAAAACAAAUAAAUCAAUUGCUUUACUCAUUAAUUUGAGUGACGUUGAGGUCACUGUUAAUGCAACUUUUACAAUGAAGCUACAAGAAAUAAUGUUUGUUCAUGUUGCAAGUGUAACAUCUGGUAUUGAAACUGGUCAAACAGUUUUUACUGAUCGUAUUAAUUUACCACCGGCAGCUUCAGUUAUACUUACUGAUAAAAAUAUAUAA